AUGAAUAGACUCUCUUUCAGGCCUCGCCCUCUUGAUAUUCAUAAGAGACUCCCAAUUGUUAAAUCUAUCAAAGAGUUUGAAGAUGAUGAUGCACCAACAACAACCUCAACCCGCAGCUCACAGCUGCAGAGAAUUGCUGCUGAGACCAGCAAUGAGGUGAGAUUUUGUAGUUCUGACAUUCUAAGUCCUUUCCAGGCUCUUAUGUAUAUGUCUGCCCCACUCUUUGUUUGUACGUGAACUUGCUGUUGUCCCUACUGUGCUGCAUUGAUAGACAAAGGAUUACCUCAAAUGAUGCAAUCUGAAGGUUGAAAGCAUUCUAUGGAAAUGAUCUUUUGUCAUGUAGGUUCAGGGGACGACUUCUAGUAAGAAAGCUGCUUCUGAGAUACCUAUUCCUGAGUAUGUUAUUGUGGACACCUACGAAAGGGAUUAUACAUGCACCUUCAGGCAACCUACGUCCUAUAUACGGGCAAGAGGAGGUCUGUUAGGAAGAACGCCUUUCUUUUGAUUUAAUAUGGGUCUAAUUAUACUUCAUAAGUCAGUGCAUUAAUCCUUACCAUUCUGACUACAGCCAGGGCUGAGAUUGGCGAAUUCACUGAGUACGACCUGGAUGACGAGGAUGAAGAUUGGCUUGAAGAGUUUAAUAAUGAAAGAAAUAUUCUUUCAGCCGAAAAGUAAAGUUCAGAUUUCAUUUAAUAUUCACCAACAUGAAUGUUUUUCUCUUGGUAGGGAUUCGAAAUGUUAUUCUUUCUAGGUCAUCUCUAUCCUUUAAUAACUCUUGUGAUCUUACAUUGCCCUAUUCGUUGUUUGCUUUCAAUAUGUUUAUUCUGCUUUUUAGAGUUCAGAAAGUGCACGUACUUAUUUUCUUUGUGAAAUAUUUUUUUUCUGUUGUUACUUACCGAAACGUCAAUCCUUAAGUAUUGGCGUACAUUCAUGGUGAUCUUAAGUAGGCGGCAUACAUUAGUUUAGGUUUUUUUGAAACAUCUUGUCUUCAUGACCUUUUGGAACCGAAGAGCCAUUAUUGUUAGAUUACGUAAUUAAAUUGAAGAAAAUUCACGAGAGGAAUGUUAAGGAGGAAGGCUAAGAAAAAAUGAAAGAAAGAUCAGUCUAGAGUUGGGCUGUGGGUUCUCUUUUUCUGUUGUCUUUCUGCGUAUGAGCAUGAGUAGUCAAAAAGUUGUUCUGCAUCCAUUUUUUGUACGUCACUGUGCAGAAACUUUUCCUGUCACUCGAGUCUUGGAUUGAUUGCAUAUUUACUACCACCUAUUUUACCAUUCAGGCAUGGAUCUUUUUUCCAUCUUAACGAUGCAAAUACCAUGAAUAUUUAGGUACAAGUUAGAAUCCUCUCUUGCGAUAUCAGAUUUAAACGCCAUGUUUUCUUUUCUUAUUUUUCUUUCGUUAUGGCUCCUAGGGCUUUUUAUCUUGUCUUGAUAGGUGAGAUCUGUCCAUCAUUAGAACAGGGAGCAAGAGGAGACCACUACAGACAAAAGAGCAAGUUCCAAUUAUGAAUACUGCACUACAUUUAUCUGGGGUUUGAACUUGCAAAAAUAACCACUCUAUUCAUACAAACUGACAGAUCCAUGUACGAGCAUGUCAUAACCGUCAGAAAUUUGGCUGAGAUCUCUAGAACCAGUUGAUUUUGAGUGCGUUUGACGCAUGAAAUGAUCAAUCCAUUGGGAAUUUUUUGAUGAUUACAUGAAUGGUAUAAAGAUAGAUCUUGCUACGCCGGACGAAAAUGAAUUUUAGGCUUUCUAGACAGUUAAUGAGAAUUUUUAGGAUGCUUUACAAAAUAUUUUCUUUCCUUCAGGUGCUUACUCUUGGCCUCUCUUCCUUACAAGAUCUUGUCAGUAAGGAGUCACGCACUAAUAAGCAAAUCAUUUAAGAUCUGAUUUGUGGAUAGAAACGUUCAACUUUAUAUUGCUUCAAUUCAUCUUCUGUUAAUGCUUUCAAUUCUGAUUAUAUGUCACGAUUUAUAUUUUACCUUAUAGUGCAAACUGAGUGGCAUCUUAGAUCUUGGAUUCUGCAAAUGUUUGAGGAUAGUUUGAUUAUUUUUCCAUCUUAAAUCGUACAGGAAAGAGAGUCUUGCGGACUCUCUUUCUUCUCACCUUUCAUUUGUUGGUGAUUCGAACUUCUUGGGAGCUCAACUUGAAAGUUAAGCUGUUUAAAAGAGUGCCUUAUCUGCGCGUAUCCUUGACCAAACCAACCAACAUAGACUUGUAGAUGGUGCCUAUUAUAGUAUCACCUAUACAGAUCACUGGAUGACCUGGCAGUUCUCCUAAAGUUAUGAGGUUACAAAGGCUGUAUCAUAUUUUGACUCAACUUUCACCAAGUAGCGUUCACCUACCAAAACAGGGUUAUACAUAGUGCCUGCCGUAAUGUCUUUUUGGUUCACCAAAGUAAGAAGGAUUAUCAAUAAUGGACUACAUAAAAUUUUUGGUGCCUUAAUUCAUAUCCUUGUGGUUCUUUGUAGGAUAAGAAGGUUUUUUUACAAUCCUGGAGGGUUAAGAGGAAGAAACAUUUUGCUGUUGGAAGAUGAACAUUUGUAUUAUAUUUAGGGAAGUUGGCUUCAGAUGAAGAAUGGUGUCCGUCAGGUUGAUGAAUUAGUGAAUUGAUAGUAUGUUUGCUUCUACCUCUUGUUUGAUUUACCAAAUCUCUGCUCAUGGGUGUGCUCAGUGUGAUUCCAAUUCUUUAAAUUUUUAUGCCAAUAUACAUUUUCAAAGUACCAGUACUUUUGACAGCAGGGUGAUAUAGGAUAGCCUGUGGCUGCGACAUCUGCCUGAUCCCUAUCUUUUACAACAAUUUAGACAGAUAGAAUGCACGUUCCGAAAUUUUAUUUUCCUCCCUUCACAAUUUAUGUUUUAGAUAUGUUUAACUGGAGGUUGGGGGUUCAAUAGUUGUUUAUAAACGCUGGAAUUCUUUUUUCUUCCAUGUUCAUAUCAGUAAGAGAACCUUUGAAACUCAGGUUUGAAAGUCUUCUGUUCAAGUUGGAAGUGCUGGACCAUAAGACCCGAGAAAGAGCUGGAAUCCUAGCACUGACUUUUGGAUCACCUGCUCCCGUCCUUCUUCCGCUCGACUCUGCUGCCGAGGUAAUCUCCAUAUCCUUAUUUAACUUUGUAAACAACAAUCUUUCGAAAAUAACAACGUUUACAGUAUUGGUCUUAUUCAUCUUAAUUUCUAUAGUUUAUUCAAUUUUCUUCUUUAUCAGUCGAAGAUAAUUUAUAUUUAUCAUAUUUUUAAAAAUAUUCUUGCAGGCUAUUCAGUCCCAAUCCAUAAGAUACACAGUUUUUCAGUCUGUAUAUAACUACUGGAAGAAAAAGGUAUGGGCUUCACUGUGGCUUCUCUCUUAUACCUUAAAGACUUAUUCACGAUUUUUUUUUUCUUUCUUCAGCGUGAGCAAUGGCAAAAACCCAUCUUACGGCGCUUGCAGGUGUGAUGCUUUGUUUUCGUAGAGACAAAAGCUUUAUUAUUUUUGUUCCUUUCAGAUUUCAUUCAAAAUGUGAACGAGAUUCAUUGGAUAAUUGUUUCAGCCGCUUGUUCAGAAAAUUCAUGCUUUUCAGUCAAACCUUCUGUCCAUAACUUCUCUGUGCCAAGAAAACCUCAUCUGCAAUGAAUAGGAUCAAUAGUUAACUCAUAUCUAAGUGUAUUUACGACACACUGUAAAACGUUAGCUUAUCCGUUUACUAAUUAAAACCCGAUUUCGUUUCCUUUGGAAUGUGAGAGCUGCCAGUUUCUCAAUCCAUUUGUCAACUGAGCGGCCUAUGGUGACAAAUGGAUAUAUGAUUUACUGGUCAAACCCAUAAAAGCAGACUCACCUAAAUUAUGAGUGAUUAUGGCAGAUGCUACUCGCACUAAUAUCUGGCUCAGUUCAAGUCCGAUAUAAAUUACACCACUUAUUUUGCAGUUCAUUAGAGACGAGGAAUCUUGUAAACUCAUUAUUCAGCAUUCUGUUCAAAACAAGUUACAUAAGCUUUACAGUGUUAUGGCUCUUGUGAAGAUUGUUCUGUUUGACUCGAUCACGAACAUCCAAAAUUGUAUUAUCCACUAUUGAGAGUGGAAAGCAGAAAACUUUAGAAAACUUCAGAGGUUCCAAUAUUUACCAGAGUACCCAGUCUUAUCAGUUAUCAUGUUGGUGUAUGGCUAUCAUUCAGAACUGUUGUUUUUUCUAUCUAAAAAUCACACUGGAAAGAAGAGGGAUGGAAGUACUUCACAUUUUAUUUUUGGUUAAUUCUCCCGAAAUAACUCGAAAGCCAUGUCUCUUCCGAAAUAUCUAACGUUGUACACUUUUUGGCUGACGAAAUACCUUGGAAAGUCAUGCAUAUUUUGGCUUUCUAACUUCUGUAUGCUCUUCUAUUUUUUUUUUCACCUUAUGAUGGUAGAAUAGAGAUGCAAUUUUGUCGUUUUUCUCCUCCCUUGUAAUUUUUUCUGCCAUUGUUUUGCCUUUCUCACUUUGUUAUCUGUUUGGGCCUUUGUAUUUUAUUUUUUGGGGACAUAAUAAUGGCGUAAAUCACGGUAAAAAACAAAGCUAUUUGUCUUCUUCCUUAUUUUUUUUAGCAGGGAUAAAAAGGAAUGUUUGAGAUGCUUUUGCUUGUAACAACUUAGUAGAGGCUUUCUGGCGUGGCUUAGCUAUUCUCACGCCAGUUCACAAGAAAUGAGUUGUUUUAGAAUGUCUUUCUUAUAUCGAACUUUUGUUUCUUGAUGGCAAGCUUCCACAUGAAUGUGCGAUUCCUAAAAACAAUUUUUGUGGACAUAAUUGGCGUUUUGUUUAUCGCAUCUGGAGGUAAAAGAUCUUGGGUGUUCCACCAUUCUAGUACUUGGCUAUGUAAGAGUGGAAUAUAGUGAUGGCAUUCAUCAAUCGCUCCUAAUUCUUUUUUGACUUGAUUAUGUGGGUAGAAAUUGUUUUCAAGUCGUGAGGUUGUAAUGAGAUGUCUUCUACAUGCUAACUCGCGUAUUUUGAAGAACCAAUGGAAAGUAGGUUUUGCAUUUGGAUGCAGCUCAAUGGAAUACUGGAAAAAUUGAUGCAAUGUAUAACAAACAGAAGUGAUGCACUUGGAUAUCUAUGCAAUUGCUCGUCAAAGUCCAUUGCCUCUAUCAGCAAUUAGUCCAGUGUUAAUUCUGAGGGCAUUCUCUAAAUGAAGUUUUAUUCCAACCAUGCAGAACAUAUAUGUGAGCAUGCCACAUGGGUAGCCUAAAUAAUUCUCCUGACUCUUAGAUUAAACCAGUUUUUUUUUAGAUAAAUGAUCGAUCUAUUUCUCAUUAGCUUGGGGAUUAAUGCCCAGGUGGCACUCCCUAUAUACCCUUAUCUAGUCUGAUAGCAAAAAUUGGAGAAUUAUGCAUAAAGGAAGAUGGAUUCGAAAAGGAGACAGAAGAUGAUAUAAUAAAAUAAAAUUGAAAGAAACAGAUGAAAAGAAAAAUGAAAAAGAACUGCAGAAAAAAACCAAAGAACGAGCCUUAAUAUUUUAGUUAUUAAAAAAUACAUAUCAUGACUUAAAAAAUAGUGGAACAUCAAGCCGAUCUAACCUUGUCAGGGAACUGUUUCCUGGAUUAUCCAAGAGCACAGUUCUGGUAUUUGUUUAGCCUUUGUGUCUGCAUCUUUGACAUUUCUGAAUCUAAAAUCAAAGUUUUCUAUGCUUGUUUAUGAUCGUAACGAUAUCAUUGUGGUGGACUAUUCAUAUUUUGUUUGAUUUUCGUAGAACCUGGUUAGAGGCGGGAAUUCUAUAAAUAACUAUCAUCUCAUUUUCGUCACCUAUUCUUAAAUUUUCUUUGUUGUGUUCGUAGGCGUUGGAUGGUUUUAUCCUACAUGUGUCUGGGUAAAAUCAGGUAGAAUAACUGUUUAUCUUUUUUCAUGCAGCCGCCUCCUCCAGUUAAUGACACAAAUCCAUACAAUGUAUUUAGACCAAGGGAGAAAACUCAUCGGCUUUAUACCAGAAGGGUAGGUGAUUUAUACAUUUCCAAAGUUUUAAGUAAAUUCUAAUAAUAACACACUUCUUUAAGAUCUUUCCUUUCUUCAUUGUGAUUGAGAGAGUUAUUUAUGUUUCAUUGAUAUUUUGCAAUUUUUUUUGUCUCUUAGUUGCAAAGGAGAGAGAACAAUGUGCUUUCCUUUGAGAGGCUUCGUCAGGUAUGGACUGAGAACUUAACUUUGCUCGAUAACAUAUAUGUUUAUAUACAUGUUCUUUUUGUAUAAUGACUUCGAUGAUUCAUAGUUAUGGAUGUUUAAAGUGGGAACCAUGUGAAAAGUUCUCUCAUUCAUUUUUGUUGUUUCACUGAAUUACACUUUUAUUAUCUUGAAUGUGAUCCCUUGUAGUUUAUUGAAGAUUGACCAUCCUGAUCCAUUAAAUGUAAUGGAUCAUCUACCGUCCGACUUGUAUAUCUUCUCAAUAGGAGUUCUUGUUGCUUAAAUGUGAAGCGAACCUUCUCAAUGUUUCUCUUUUAUAUUACAAGAUGAAAGAAAAACUUGAGUAGAGAAAUAAGAUGUUUACAACAUGGGAAGGCUGGCAUUAUUUAUUCAUAUGAAGCAGUGCAUUGUUUUCCUUGGCUCUGACAUUUUCACGAGUCUUCUUCUGCCUCAACCUUCUUGUGUCAUAUGGAUUAAUCACUGUGUUGUACAUUUUUCUAGGACUUGGAUUAAUUAAACCAGGUGACGAUUGAAUCUUGUGAUGCUGUUGCCAGACCAGCUAGCAACUGAUAUCUCCGAUUUUGGUUUUCGUAAUUUGAUUCCGAACCGAAAACGUUCUUAACUUUUCUUAUCAAUUUGUGCAAGGUUUUCUCUGGGCAGAGCUGAGUGCAUGCUCAUUAAGUCUGGCCAGCUGAUUUUUUAUAAAUUUUGAAUCCUGAGAAAAUGCUGUACAAUAGGCUUGGGAUUGGAUUUCUAUGAAGCCUGAGUGUGGUCCAAUCAGUUUGGAGGUUGUUUUGGGGGAUGGGUUUGUGUUUUUUUCCCAAAGGAUUUUGUUUUCAUAGAGUUUGUAUUGCCAAGUGAUUUAGGAUUGUCGCAGGGGUUGGGGAGGAUGGGAUGUGGAAUGGAACGGAGGUUCUUAGGCAGGGGUGGUAGCUUAUGGCCUGGGUACUAUUGAAGCCUGGGCUGUACCCGGUCUACAUUCCGUUCCUGGUGCAAACAUUUUCUGGGCUUGAGUUAGAAGGCCGAGCUCUGAAAAGUCUAGUCUGUCUCAUUGGCAGCCUGUGAUUGCACCGAAAAAACUCCAGAUGCGCGAGCUUUUCUUCAUAAAUAACCAAAAUAAUUAAUUACAUUUAUAAACUGCAAGAGAUUCGCAGGUUCGGCCCAUGGAGAAGGCAGUCAUAUAGCAUGCUAUCUGAUUCUUUACUUCCUUGCCUACGUACAAAAUGGAAUGCAGAGGUCAUCCAAGGGCAAAGUGGUGUGAUCACUGGGACUUGAUAUUUGUAAACUAUAUAAGGUCUACGUAAGACAUCGGAGUAACAUUGUCAUGCCAAAAUUAAAAACAAGUGGACAAUCUGGACAAUUUCCGGCCAACUGACCUUGGGCAACUGAGAACUCAUCAGACCAAACGAUUUGUCACUAGAAAAUUUGCCUAGUAAAGAUUAUAAACUCUGCGAGAAGAAAAUUCCCUCAUAGCCAAGCUGCAUUGUCAUAGAUAUCUUGAAUUUUCAGAAAAUAAAUUCCAUUGAGCUUCUGUUAUGAGAGGAUGGAAUGCCAAAUUAGAGGCUGUCGAACGGUCCUUGCUUGUGUUGAGUGUCGGGAGCAUUUGCCAGGCUAAUUUCAAAAAUCAGAUGUUCCAGUCUGUUUCUGCUUUAAAGUUUUCAACAGUCUGUGCUUCGAAUUGGGAUCAGAACUACCAAUAUUUAUCUAAUCUAGAUGGUCCAUGUAACGACAGCAAAAAUUAAAUGACAAAUACUUUUUUGGCUGUCUUGAAGGGAUUUAGGAGUGGAGAUUCUGAAAGUGUCAGAUUGCAUGAAAUCAAUGUGCUUUAUUGUUCCAUGAUUUUCCUAAAUAAUCCCUGAUUUUCCCUCAUCAGAUUCAUGAGAAAGUUACCUAGGCACAUUUCUCAUUAAAGACUUUGGGUGCCAAAAAUUUUAAGACAUUUUUUGGUGGGUUGAGAGAAUUUCUGCGACUGUUUUGGAUGUUUGAUGACUGUCUGAACUGCCUAAUAUCUGGCAAACUCUGAGACAAUAAUCUCUGAGAGAUGAACAGGAUGAUGAAAAAACUCUUGAGAUAUCUGGCAAACUGACUGGAUGAAGUCUGAAACUUGACAACGAUGAGGUAAUAAAAAUCUGAUACUACUGCAACUAGGGAGUGGGUGUGAGAUGAAAAGUCCUGGACACCUGGUAGGUCCCUUGUAAAUUUGUCCACAAAGAAAUAAGCACAUUUUGAUCUGCAUCAAGUUAAUUGAUUUUACCUAUGAUGGCAUAUAAUCAGCUCGUAACUUUCACAAACCCAUGGUUUGAAAAUUAACUAUGUUAUCUUAGUACUAAUCUAGCAGGUUAGGUGUAUAGUCCGAAUUACACAAGCGAAUGCCCAUGCGAAAAUGCAAUUUUUCAUACAGUCAAUGGUUAGAUUAAGUUCAAGCAUUAGGUUUCAAUUAUAGCAACUGACAGAACGUAUGUCACUCCUAUAUCUGUGACUUGGGUUUCUCUAACCAUUUAUUUCGAAUACUGCGAACUCUGUAGCCAUUAUGGAUACAUGAUAUUCACCCCUGACCAUUUCCGUUUUGGGUUGGUUUGAAUGCAACUGUUGCUUCCGGUGGCAAGUUUUGUGGUUUUCGAGUGAGUUACUAGAUGUAGACUGAUUUGUGUUGCCCUUGUGAGAUGCUAGUGCUCAAUGUUCUGAGGAUAUCUAGUUACUUGGAAUCCACAAGCAAUGAUUUCUGCUCUUCGGUUUUGUAUUUAUUUUUAAAUAUGAUAUCGCCGUGUUUUAAUACAGUGGUAUUUUAAGAAAUUUUCAGUUUUAUGCAACGACCAUCAGACUUGAUGUAUGUUUCCGUCAUUUAACCUUCUGUUGCCAAUUUUCUUCAGGUGAGGGGUAAUUUGGAACGGGCGAAAUCCGUACUCGGUUACCUCAUUAAGGUUCGUUGUUUUCAGAUAACGUUUUUCUGAUACUGUUUGUUUCUUAUUGAUACUAGCACAACUCUUUGUAAUCCAAAACAAUUAUCUGCAGAGGGAGGAGAAGAAGCGAGAAGUUGUGGAAAGUGAGAUCACCCUUCAACGGACUCAGAUGAAAUAUAAGGUAAGCAGUCAAAUAGUUUAUUGCUGGUAAUUUGGUUGCAUUUAAAACAAAUUACCAGCUAUUUGAUUCAUUGUUGGGACCUGGGUGCUUCCGAUUCAAAACUAUUCCUAGGGGCUAUUAUAGCGAAGGCUCUCUACAGAGGCCCGGUGAUUAUUUUUUCGGUUAGUUGUGACUACAAAGUAGCAUACAAUGCUUCCCUUCGUUACGAGCAUGGAAGUAUGAAGUGGACUGACCUGUAAUCAUGCUGCUGUGAUAGCACCUGUUGCAGGCUUCUCUAUGAAGUGAAAUAGAGUUUGUCUUGCCUGAGAACCCAGAAUGGGGAGUGCAGAGCACUAGGUCAAAGCUAAUACUAAAAGGAUGGUUGCCUAAAGAGUAAUAUACUUGUUGGGAGUGUGUACGGGAGGGAGCAUGUAUUAAGAGUUGAGUUGAGGGGCUCUCAAAGUGUGCAUGCUGACAUUUCCUAGUUGGCGGGGUUUGUGACAAUCAUCUGCUGGUAGAAUCACUUGUAAAAAAGAAGAAGCUUUAUUUCAUAUUUUCAGAUCAGAAUUGACUGUAGCUGAUGAGGUUGGAUAAAGAAGAAAGGGACGAGGGAGAAGAGAGAAAAAGAUGAGAAAAAUAUCACAUUGAGUGGCCGCUGCCUUGGUGCUUUUAUCCGUCGUCAUCCUCUUCAUUGUAUUGGACUUUGCCAUUUUGGACAAAGAAACUCUGAUCUAUAUCCUUUUUCUGUGUAUCUUCAUCAAUCUCUUUACUUGAAGCAAUUUACAUCAAGUGGAAAAUUAGUGAUUAAGUAUCUUAAUCAACGACUUUCAGCUUUUAAAACCUCUUUCCUAGAUAAGAUAUGAUUUCUGGACAUUUUGAGCACUAAAGUUCCUUGGGUUGUGACCAAAAUCAAGACAUGGUGCGGUGAGUGUGCACUUUUACCAUCUGACAUUCAUGUUCUUGAGGGUUCAACAUUUGUUGUUCUAGGACAAAUUCCCCAAGUAUUAUAUGUAGAAACUUCUCUCUCCUUGCCCCCGUUGACAUUUUGAGUUCUGAAUAUUUGCUUCUGUUGACUGUUUUGACUUUAGAAUGAAGCGCAGCUUAUGGAAGAACAGCUUCAGGUUGCUGGGCUCCCAUCUCUCUCCUACAAGUAUGGAUCGAACGAAGACUUCAUUGAUUCUCGUGAGGUGACGGUCAGCCGUCCCCGUGGCCGACCUCCAUUAAUGCAGAACCGGUCCUUGCUGGAGUCCAGGAUGGGAAUGGUCCCUCCGGGACGCAUGAAGAGGGAAGUCAAGCAGCGGCUCGUUAGUCAGGGAUGGCUCCAAGAGAGGGUAAACACCUCCUCUCCCCUCCCUCCUCCCUCUUUCCAUUAUCACAUCUCAUGCUCUUCUUAUUCAGUCUUAAGAUCUACAUCCACUUCAUGCAGGGGACACAAGAACCAGUCCUGCUGUUCACGAGACCACUGGAUGCAGAAAAACUGGCGGCCGCUGGCAUCGUGCCGCCACCAGACCCCUCCAUUGAGGAUUGCUUGGUUGCGCCACCAUACCAAUUCCGUGGGCGGGUCGGCCGAGGGGGCCGCAUAAUCUUUGAUCGACAACAGAGAACUUGA